CGAAAAAGUGCUAGCAUCACAAAUGCGAUGGCUCCCUCAAAGACAGGCAAAUCGGCCAAGAAGGAGAAGAUUUUCCACCCUGACUCGCGAAAAGCCGGUCAGCUGAACAGGGUGCAAAUACGCAAGAACAAACUUGCAGACGCUGCAGCCAAACGAAACAAAAAACAGUUAGCUCAAGUUGAUGUUUAUGGAUUCUUCUAUCAUGCUGUUCCACCAGAAGGCUGCAUGUCUCUGGAACAACUGCAUAGUGUGAUCAAGGAUGUGUGGCUACCUAGACACGAUGUCGAGCUUACGCGUGAACGGACAUUACGGCGGAAAGGGCGGCCAAAAAGCGCGAGAGAAUCUUUCUUGGAGGACGCCAAGCAUCAAGAAGAGGAAGAGUACAGAACGGGCAUAGAGGUUCCCGAUCUUACACAUGCGCCAACGGUCGAACUCUUCAGAAAUUGGGAUCAGAAGGAAGUAGCAUAUCUAAACCUCUUUAGAUUCGUUCGUAUAUCAAGCACCGAUCCCACCGUCAUUGUCGUGUCACGGCGAGGAACUCACCCGAGCAUGCGAGAGCCAGUCAUGGAUGGACCAUUAUGACAUAUCGAGAUAUCCUCACAGAAGAUAUGCAAACUAGAGUUGUACUAGGGCUAGUAGGUUGGGAUAAUCUGGUACAU